GUGUUGUAGUUCCUCGCAGCUUUCGGCUGCUGGAGGAACUGGAAGAAGGUCAGAAAGGCGGUGGAGAUGGAACUGUGAGCUGGGGCCUCGCAGAUGAYGACGACAUGAUGUUAACCCACUGGAACGGCAUGAUCAUUGGCCCUGCCAAGACUGUUUAUGAAGGCAGAAUAUACAGUCUGAAAAUAGACUGUGGACCCAGAUACCCGGAACAUCCUCCUCUUGUUCGCUUUGUGAACAAGAUCAACUUGACUGGUGUGAACAGUUCAAACGGUGUGGUGGACCUAAAGUCUGUGUCAUCAGUGUCCCGGUGGAAGAACUCCUACAACAUCAAGAUGGUGUUGCAGGAGCUCAGACAGCACAUGAUGAUGAAGGAGAACAGCAGGCUCUCCCAGCCGCCUGAAGGCCAGGUGUACAGCAACUGAGGCUGCUGGUGCUGCUGUCAACCCCGUCUCCCUCACACACACACACACACGCACGCACACACACACACACACACACACCCUAAACGCUCAUACUUAUCCAUCAUUUUAUCAGAGAUUGUUAACACCCAUUUCUUCCUUCGGGAGCCUUCCUUUAAACGACAGAGAUCUGCAGGAGAAGCCAACUUCCUGACCCAGACCUCCAUCUGAGUUCACGCUGCAGACCAGCUCUUACAAAACAACAAAACCUAUUCAUGCUUUUGUUUUCUCCAGAUUGUUAAACAAAAUAAAUAACCUGGUGGAAUGUACAAGUUGUUUUGGGGAUCCUCCAAGGCUUUUUAAUGUUUAGGACAUUCUGCACAUGACAACCUUCAACAUAUUCCAGUACGCUAACAAAAACUGUUUCCCUUGGUCUUUGAGACUGCAUUAGUUGAAAUUUCCAAAGCUUCCACAUUUCCUGCUGACGUAUACUUGAGGGGACCUUCUUUAAGCUAAUGCAUGUCCAAUCAGAAGAAAGAAACUUGUAUUUCUGAGCAGGACGCUGUUGCCUCGUUUUUUUUCUCAGACUUGUGUGCCAUAUGGUUCUUAGUGCUGUGUGAUGAUUAUUUGUGUGCAGACGAGGGGGUGGGGUUGGGGCUCACUGACACUUUUUGUUUUGCUAAGAACAUUAUUUUUGUGUUCAGCACCUUUUUCAGGAWUGUGGUCUGUGUGGAGCAGGAGGAGCUGUGAUUUUCAUUAUUUUCCUUUAGUCACUGGGCUGACCUGUGUGUUUUAUGGCGUAUCUUCUGUCAUUCAGUGAAUCUCACUGAACUUCAUGUACGACUUUGGAUGUUUAUUUUCUAAAGGGGUAGAGUUGAAUCSGGGUGAUGGUAACCUGUUGCAUGAUUUUAUUUGAAUUAAACAUGAUUUCUUUUGCAUA